UCCGGAAAUUCCAGGAGAUUUGGGAAGUCUCGUGACCAGUGCAGAAUAAAAAAAGUUUCACUUCUGAUGUUGUAAUGUUGACUUUUUCCUUCACACAUCAGUGUCGGCUAUGACCAGACACAAGGGUCGAGGGUUCGAUUCCCACCGUGGCCCUGUGUGUGCAGAGUUUGCGUGUUCUGCCCGUGCUGCGGGGGUUUCCUCCGGGUACUCCGGUUUCCUCCCCCAGUCCAAAGACAUGCAUGAAUGGGGAUCCUUGGAGGAGAAAUAACUGUUAACAAUCACACACACUACAAAUGGACUGUCUGUAUCGAGACCAAGAUGCCAUGGCCAUUUUCUGACAGAUACAAUACAGUAACGUAUACACAAUCAUUACAGCAAUUCUUUAAGAUGUUUUCCCAACAUAUGCUCCACCUAUUUGUAUAUACAAUAUACUUCUAUAAAAUACACAAUGUGUUCUUAACAGCAUGUGACUGAUUAAUAAGACAAAACAAUGCAGCAUGUUGUGUUACAGAGAAACCGCAAAGAAGCGUGAACUCCUCUGUCCUGAAGACGUCGGAAAACUUAAAGUUACCGCUUUACCUCUGACUGUUACAAAGCUCUGACACUGGAGACUCCUUCCAUAAAUGUUAAAUUACAGAAAAUUAUUUUUUUUAUCCGUUUAGGUAGCUCAUCUGCUGUACAAGUCCCUGUAAAUUAGCUGUUACUAUAGAAACGAUAACGUAUUAACAUGAGCGCAUUAAAUUAAACUUGGGAUUUAUAGCUGCACAGCUGUCAGAGCUGCUGUCAUAGAAAAUUAAUCAAUACCUUCUGACUAAUCACAAUCCAGAAUUCAACAGUGCUGUGCUGUAAUAGUACAUGCACGCACCCUGAUAUUGAUUAUUUUUGUAUUUUCCUUUUAUCGAAUGGAAUUGGAGGCUCUGUCAUGACAUUGAAGUUUCAGCAAAUACACUUAUGCAAUUAUGGGAUACAGUUAAACCACAUUUCAAAACAUAUUUUUAUUUAUUUAUAUUGAAUUAUUAUAAUUUUUAUAUUUCACUAGUACUUGUUGCGCUACACAUGACUGAAUGUGUCUCUGUAUAUAUGCAGUUUGAUGUUGAACCUGACAGAAAAACACAGCAAUGCCAGACACUUUUAAGCAAAUGGGUCCAAACCAUCUACUUGAAAGUGAAAUAUGGACAGUGUUCAGAGAUUGAGUGCUACACAGAUCCAGAUUUGUGGUACAUAUUCGAUCCAAGAGAUGACCCCUGUUUCACAAUUCGAGAGAGUGGAGACCACCGGCAAAUACAUCUGGACUGCAGCGUAAAUUACGAGGAGAAGAAAUCAACUUGCCCAAAUUAUGAGAAAAUUGACGAUGAUGCGCGAGAGGAAGAGGAAAAUCGUAGACGAGAUGAAGAGCAGCGACGUCAGGCCCAGCUUGAACGUGAAAGAAGAAUUGAGGAACAGAUUAAAAGGGAAAGUGAGCUCACUGCUAAGAAACUUUCACAAGCCACAGAGACACUGAAGCAGAGACAGAGGCUGAGAGGCCAGGAGGUCCACCACCAAACUCAUAUAAUGCAACAGCCACUGGACGCUGAAAUUGAAAUAGAUGAGGCUCCAGAAAUAGAGAAGAAAUUCAUGGAACUCUUGUUUGAAUAUCAAAUCACUGAAGAUGAAGACUCAGAGGAGACAUUAGCAGACAGAAUGAAAACCCUGCAAAAUGAGUUAAUGGUGGAGUUCUGUAAGAAACAUAAUCUGUCCAGUAGCUGUGUGUUUUCUUUCAGCAAUGGAGUUGGUUAUGAGACUCUGCCUCUACAUGAUAGACUGUCAGUACUUGAGGCAGUAAUGCGUUUAGUUCUUGAGGAGAAUGAAGAAGACCACACACAAAAACACGAACGGGACUUCCUCAUGGAUCUGCUUGAACUGUUGCAAGAUGAUCAUCCAUCGCUUGCGUUUAAUCUUUUACAGAGCAUUCUUCAAACUGAUAUGCAACUGUCUACACAGAGUAAAGAAAUUCUGUGUCAGAUUGCAUUCAACAACACAUGGAAACUGCCAGAAAUAACAGAUUUCAUGAGGAAACAUUUUGGCAAAGACAAAGAACAAGUGCAGUCAAUACUUCACAUUGCACAGACGUACAAGCUGGAGUAUGGGAGCGUCUUUACUGCUUUAGGUUCAGCUGAUCCCCUCAGAGGGUUAAAAAGCUAUGUUGACAAAGAGAGACACAAAAAUGCUGAUACUGUUAUUAGUGAAAUGCGUAAAGCGAACUACCCAGAGAAUGUCCUGAUAAUACUAGAGGACGUUCUGGGGUAUCUGGAAAUGGAGCUUCCAAAAUACAAAACAGCUAGUCUCAGUGAAAAAAACAUCCAGAAUGUAAAGAAAAUGAUUAGAGAACUGGAUUUUAACAACCCAGAUAGACAAGUUCUCAAACAUGUGCUAGUGGGAAUGUCAGUCGCAGUAAAGAUAUGCUCUGCUGUCACUAUUCAGAGGGGUAAAAAGGAAAUAGUCAUUGAAGGAUAUCUUCCCAGAUUAACUCAACUUGCAACCUUGAUUGUUUUCCUGCUUCCAAAAUCAAAAACUAAUACAGGUUGUCUACUUGAAAUUGGGACAGGUGAAGGGAAAUCUUGUAUUUUAGCCAUGCUUGCUGCAAUCCAUGCCAUUCGUGGUGUAAAGGUGGACAUUGUGACCAGCUCCCCGGUCCUCGCCUGUCGUGAUUUAGAGGAAUGGAGUGGACUGUACAACAUGUUUGGCAUAACGUCAUCUGCUGUUCCUCCAAUGCUGAAUGAUGUCUCAUCUGAAAAACAAGAGGAACUGACUCAGGAAGCGUACAAACAACGAAUAAUUUACAGUACUGUUGGGACUUUUGCAGCAGAUACACUGAAACAAGAGUUUGAGAAGAAAACAACUCGAGGAGACAGGAGGUUUGAGCUGGUCCUUGUGGACGAGGUUGACUACAUGACCUUGGAUAAUGGAGUUCAAAUAACAUUUCUGUCCCAUGAGUCGAGUGGCCUCCAGCAUUUGGAGCAAGUCCUAGCAAGCAUCUGGGCCAUGAUAUCUGCGUGUCGACCAAUUGAGACAGAAGACACUGGAGAGACCAUGUGGACAACAAGAGUCCAGAAUUUUCACACAGCUGCCCUGAUAGCAAUGAUUGGUUCAGAAAAAAGUGAUACAUUUUCACCACUGGAAAUUUUGUUGCCAGGCACCGAAUUAGGCUUUUACUCAGAGGAAGAUUUUGAAAAUUUGAAGGUCUCUAUUAAUGAUGGAGGAGAAAAGCAACGUGUCACUAUGGAAAAUGAGGCAUGGAAGACCAUCAUGGCCAAAACAGGAAUAGAACAACAGUAUGACCUGCUCAGUGUUCUCGAGAUGGGGAUGGAGCAGAAGGUGGCAUUCAACUGUUAUAUAUAUCAGUCAGAAACUAGAAAAGCCAUUCAGUUUGGAGAAAAAAAGGCUAAAACUGACCAAAACAUCAACAUGCUGCUCCUUGAGAAUGGAAACGCUUGUGAGAUCUUGUCUGAAAAUUUGCUUGUUGAAGCCACUGUUAGCCAGCUGAAAUCAAUGAUGAAAUAUUCUAAGCAAUGCAGUUCAAAAGAAGGAAACAGCUCUCUUGUAAUCCCUUCUUUCUUAGAGAAAUACCUGGAAAAUCAGCUGCCAGUGUUUGUUGAGAAUGCAUUGAAGGCCAUUCAGAUGACCAAAGGCAGAGAGUACAUGAUCGAGAGAUCUCUUAGUGCUCAGGGAAUAGAUGUUAGUGAAGAAGAUCAACACAUGUACCAUGCAAUAAUUCCAGUGGAUUUCCAGGCCAGUGGAAUGUUGGAGAAAAGAAAACGGUGGGGUGAUGGACUGCAACAAUUUCUGGAGAUGAAGCACCAGUUAACUUUAUCACCGUUAUCACAUGUGACAAACUACAUGUCAAAUUCCAAUUUCUUUAAAAGAUAUCUCAAUGGGAAAGGGAUAUUUGGUGUUUCUGGAACACUGGGGGGAGAUGCUGACAAGGGUUUCCUGGCAAGGCAUUACAAAACGGACAGCUAUGUCAUACCAGCUCAUCAGCGUCAAAAGGUUACUGAGCUUCCUGCAGUCCAGGUGAGGGGAGGUACCGAACAAUGGCUCCAAACUCUUUGUGCCACGGUCUCAAAAGUCUCUGACAGAGGACAGGUGGUGUUAGUCGUGUGUGAGGACGUCAACACAGCAAAUGCUCUCAAAGAAAAAGUAAAAGCAGAAAGCAAACAUUCAGUUACCAUGUACACGAUGAGCGAGAGCCACAACAUUGAGAACCAGGAGUUCAACAAGGGACACAUCAUCAUUACCACUAACCUUGGAGGACGUGGAACAGACAUUAAGGUUACGGAGGAGGUUAAUCGCUGUGGUGGUCUCUUUGUGUUACUCACGUACUUCCCCAAUAACCGAAGAGUCGAGAAACAGGUCUUUGGGCGAACAGGUCGAAAAGGCACCCCGGGAAUGGUCCAGUUAAUACUGAACCAUGAUCAUCUAGCCAUGGCCUACCGAGGACAUUCUAUUGAGGUCAUGAGGGACCUCAGAGAAGAGUACGAGGUUAAUCGAAUAAAAGACAUGGAGAAGGAGAAACUAGCUGAAAUUGCAAUGAAGGAAGAGCUGUUCUCCACAUUUUGUCAGUUCCUUAGUGACUUUGACAGGCGUUAUAGUACAGAAGAGAAGACAGACCUCUUUGAAGUUAAAGUAAAAGAUGUCCCUUGUUACUUUGAGUCCUUUCAGAGUAAGAUGGACUAUCAUCCAGCCCUGAAUGCUUUAAAAGAGUCAUGGGGUAUGUGGUUGAUACUUCACACAGACCAGAUUAACAUACAGAAUGGCCUCACUGAAUUGAAAGAAGGCCUCAUCCAGCACUUGCUAGAUACAAGUAACAAACUUUUACAAGGUCAGAGUGAAAACUUUUAUGACCACAUUCAGCAGGCUUUAGGACGAACUGCCUUGCACUUUCAAAACAAAAACAAAUGUGACUAUGGAGCGAAAUCUUACUGGAAAAAAGCCUCUGACUCCGACAGCUACUACAGAGCUGUUGCACUGUAUAACCAGGCCUACAUUACCAUUAACAUGGCCAAAGAAGGUUACAAAAGUGAGGCGCGUUCCUUACUUGAGGAGGCAGAGAAGGCCAUAGAUGUUUAUGUAUCAGAAACAACCAAAACACUAUACUUCUGUUCCAUGUCUAUAAGUCAAAAUUUUGAACCGCAUCAUAGCGGCAGCUGUAACUUCCAAAUACAAAUGCAGGCGAGGAUGAACAUAUUUAACUCAUGGAAGCAAAAUAUCAAAAAAACACUUGACAUGAUUGGAUCGGGCGAAGGAGACUUCAAAACUAUGGACUUGACUCUUUACAACUUAUCCACUGAGGAGGAUUUUGUGUCUUGUAGUGAACUCGGUCUCUUUCGUAAUUAUGGCCUUGCAGUUGUGUUUGAACUGAAGCAAAAGCCCCAAUUCUCAUUUGAUGCCCUGAUUUGUUGUUUUCUUGGUGUGGUUCAGAUCGUAGCAGGAGUUCUGGUCUGCAUGUUGUCAGCUGGUUCCAUGUCCUCAUGUGGUCUUGGUUUGAUCUCUGAAGGGGUGUCUGACAUGAUCAGUGGAGUCAUGGGUAUGAUAAAUGGCAAUUUUAAUUGGGCGUCAUGGGCAAUGUCUAAAGCAUUUAAUAUAGGAAUUUCAUUGGCCUGGGGUGGAUUUAGUGUUCUCAAAAGGUCAAUCUCCUCUGUGAAGAAUGCUGCAAAUGGUAUCUUCAAUGGCACUAAAUCAUUAAAAAAUAUUGCGUGGAGUGUCCUCCGAUCAGGAAGAAACCUUUUUAUUUCCCCUUGUACAACCGUCAAAUCAUUAGCAUCAUCAGUAUGCAUAAAAAGCAUCACACUGAACACGGCCAAACUGAACUUAAAAAAUGCAAGUGCGUAUGCUGUCCAAGAAUUGGCUAUUCGGGGAGUAAACACUGCUUUGAACAAUAUUGAUGCUACAGUUAAAAAAACUUUCAAACAAGGAUUUCAACUUACUUUCAACAAAUCUAUCUGCUCAGCACUGCAACAGAAUAAACAGUUUGCUCGAGUGCUCACAGAUUUCAUUAGCUCAGCAGUCCCAAAGGCCGCCUUGAAUAAAGCGUCUGGCUACAAGAUUAGCAAAAACAUGGAGAAGAAAAUUAUUGACCAUGUUGCUCUGAAUACGAAACUUACUAUCAGGAGCCUUGUAAUAAACUGUAACCAAAUCCAAAAGACCAUUCAAACACUGUCAAAUUUGUGGGACAUGGCUGCAGUGUUUGUUGCACACAAACGUUAUACCUGCAUCAAGACACUUCUGAGUUCUGCAAGCAUGUCCACCACCAUUUAUGAAAUGUAUUCCUCCAUUCCUACUAAACAUACCAUUGACAGUAAUUUUGUUCCUGCAUUUUUGAAGACCAUGAAGGAGGACCCAGUAUUUGAGACAUAUGACAAUGAUGGAAGGGACAAACUGGAAGAUGUGGAACGUCUUAAAGAUGAACUCAUUGAUGUGAUUUCAGACAUUGUUUCCCAAACCAUGGUGGAGAGUUUUUCUGGGUUUGCUACAUCAAUUUUUACGAAAACAUUCACUCAAAGAUUAAACUCUGUUACUGGAGAAGUAGUUGGUAAUUUUCUGGGGAGGCAUGAAACCCAAAGUUUCUUUGCGAGUCAGCAGCAUCAUUAUGAUCUGAAAUCUGCCACUGAAUCCAAGGAAAGAUCUUUGACUAAAGAAGAACGAAAUGAGCUCACAUACUACGCUAAUAAUAUAACUGAUGAACAAAAACCAGCAACAGCUUUAGAAGUCCAUGUCCUCACAAAGAGUAAUUUGUUGGAAGGAAAAGGAAUUUGUAUAACUGUAGUAGAUACUCAAGGAAAACUUCUCACAGAGGAGACUUACUCAGGAACUGAUCCAGCAGCUGGUACAAUCAAACUCUUGCUGACGAAAACACCUCUGACUUCUCCAGGAAAUGAAGGAAUAUUUAAUAAACUGAAGCGUAGCAUUAAGGCUGAAGACUUUCCACAGAGGGGCCAUGUCGAUAUUAUACGCCCCGAUGGUUCACGAGAAACUGUGAAGUCCUCAAAUCACGACUGUCUUUUUCAUGCAGUCAUCCAAGCAACAACUAACGACCCAAACAAUGUUGUGCUACAAAAAGCUAAAGAUCUACGUAGGAAAGUCAGUGAGGAGAUUCUUUUAAACCCAAAUAAGUAUGUAGACGCUGUGAAGAUCCAGAACAUUUUCAACAUGACAAACAACUCGAAUAAAUUUAAAAUCCAAGCUGGAGUGAGGGAAUGUGAUAUGGAGCAGUACAUCAAGUACACCAAAGACAAGACACCGAAACAAAUUAUUGAUGAGUACAAACUUGGAAAAGUGGGCGACCUCAAGUGCCUUUUAGACAUGGAGAAGCCCACAGCAGGAGUAGUGGAGGCACAGCACAUUCCACCAAAAAGCACAUGGACUGCAGUCCUUCAUCUCAUCAAAACAAACCCCGAGAUUUCUUCUUCAUUAGACAGAACAAACAAGGACGUUUUCUACUUAAUGAUGAAAAUGAAACAUGACCCGAAUGGAAAAACACAGCUUUGCAUGAACGCGCUGUCCUCUGAUCACCACCAUGCACUGAGCAGCGGCAACAGCGCUGAAUCCAGAGCAUGCAGACAUUUCCUGACGAGAACCUUUUCAAGUGGAGACACAGAGAAAGCGCUGAAGCUCUCCUUAAUGAUGGCCCAUCCUCAAUGCUCGGACCACAUCUGGAAUGAUCUCGGUAUCCCUCAUCAUUUCAGGACGUGUGAUUCUGGACUUGCAGCCAUGGACAGGAACGAUUACUACAAGAGAGGAUUUAGGGACAUAGUGAAAAAAUACAGCAGAUGGGAUCUCAUCGACCAAGAACAAACCAUUCGACUAAUAAACUGGGUUCAGAAAGAUAUAUUUCUGAACACAUCUACAGCAGAGUAUAAAGAAAUACUUCAUGUUAUGAAAGAUGAAAAAAAAAAAAAGAACUGAAACAUGAGCCUGGAUAAACUGAGCAGAAAGAAAUGAGCACUUACCCUUUAUUCACAUUGGGGCAAUAUUAUUAACGUGUCAGGAGUAACAAAUCAUUUCAGCUUGGCUAAACUUUCCACAUUUGACUGAUGCAUUAAAAUUAUUUAAAUUACAACCCCAAUUCCGAAAAAGCUGGGACAGUAUGGAAAAUGCAAAACAAACAAAAAAAAAGUAUCAUUUGAAAAUUCAAUUCACUCUGUACUAUAUGGAUAACACAUUAUUUACACAUUAUUUGAUGUUUUACUUUGUGAAUUUAACUUAUUUUUGAAAAUAUACUCUCAUUUCAAAUCUGAUGACUGCAACACACUCCAAAAAAGUUGGGACAGUUGACUGUUUACAGCUGUGUAACAUCAGCUUUUCUUUUAAUAACACUUAUUAAGCAUUUGGACGCUGAGUGAAGACACCAGUUGGUUAAGUUUUGCAAGCGGAAUUUUCCCCGUUCAUCCAUUAUGCAUUUCUCAACUGCGCGACUGUACAAGGCCUUCAUUUCCUUAUUUUGCGCUUUAUAAUGCGCCACACGUUCUCAAUGGGAGACAGGUCAGGACAGCUGUCUCUUCCACACCAUGAUAUCUCCAGUGAUGGUUACUGCACAGCCAGUGGGAGGAAAGAAGCUCAAGGCAGAGCCUGAGGGGGAAGCGACGUUCCCCAUGAAGCUAGAGUUGGGAGUGAUGCUGUCUGUGAGGUCCAAGGGGGAGCGAAGUUCUCUGCAAGGUCAGAGGAAGGAGCAAAGUUCUCUGAGUGGCCAGAGGGGGGAGCAAGGUUCUCCAUGAAGCAUGAGGGGGGAGUAAUGUCCUCCAUGGAGAAGGAAGGGGGAGCUACAUACAGCGGGAAGCAAAGAAAAAGAGAAUACUUUACCGCACUAUGGUUGCAGCAAAAUUUUUCGAGGUGAUCUCCCCUGCCGAGCUGCAGCCAGAGGUCAAUGUGGCGACCUCAUCCCCAGAGCUCCAGCACAAGACCCACGAGGUAGGAUGGGGUGCUCACCAUGUUGACCUCUGACUGGGGCUCUGGAGCAGAGACUACCUCAUGGUAGAUCUCAGAUGGUGAGACUAGUUGGUUUUGUGACUCUUAAGUCAUUCCCUUCAAAUGCUAUCGAGCUUUAUAUUAUGGUAUAUUUUGUGUAUGAGCCCAUUUGGUAGUGAAAUACAUGUCAUAUUUACUUAUGAUUUAAUAGUUUUUUUUAUUAAAUAUAGAAAAUCUAAAGCUUGUGUGUUACAGCUGACACCUAGAUGAACACAUUACAGUUGGUUAUAUGACUGUAAGUCAUUCCCUACAAAUGCUAUUGAAGUUAGAAUCGUGUAUACCAAUGUUGUAUGUAACUUUUGAGAUGGUCCCUUAAUUUGCACAUAUCUGCAAAUAUCCACCGGCUAACAUCACGCCAACUUUAUACCAGUGUAUGCUUCCUCUUUUUUCUCUCUAUCCUGUUAUCUAUUCUUCCUCACUUACCUGUGUCGUAUCGCCCCUUCUAUCCUCCACCCUCUAGUUGAAAGAAAAAUAAUGAAAAGCAUGUUAAUCUCAGUGUAUGUUUACUAAUUCACUGUUUUCUAUUCUGUCUGAUUUUUUAUAUACAUCAAAUUGUGGGUCUUGAUACUCAACUCUGAUAUUUUGACACAGAUGUGAUUAUUUUGUCCUGACUGAUUAUCAUCCCAUGCUUACAUACUUUACGUAACUACAUGUAAAAUACAUUUACUGACCAAACCCAACCCAAGCUCUAAUACGAAAACAUAUUAAAUAUUUACACACCAUGGGAGCACAGUGACCCCUAGUGGCCAGAGAGAAAAUCAGAUAAUUUUCAACCAAUUCUUGACUACAGGUCAUCAUACAAUAAAAUUAAAAGUAUAAAAACACAUAGCUUACAUAUCUUAGCUUAUACGAAGUUUACUCUGUAGUAAGUAAAAAUGAGUAAGAGUAGAUUUAAGUGAGCUAACUUGCUAACAUAUCCUCCAAAGGCCUGUUGCACGAAGCCGGUUUUUCGGUCUCAACAAGGUAGAUUGGUUUUUUAGAAGGUUUCAUCACCAUGGUAACUUACAAUACACUAAUAACCUGCACCGGAGCAGGUUUAAUUCUGAGUAAGGGAACUCAAACCCAACUUUGGGUUGUGUGUGAAAAUCACAGCAGUCCCAUCUGGUACCAACAACCAUUCCACGGUUAAAUUCACAGAGAUCACACUUGUUCUUCAUUCUGAUCUUUGAUGUGAACCUUAACUGAAGCUCUUGACUUGUAUCUGUAUGAUUUUAUGCAUUGCACUGCUGCCACGUGAUUGGCUGAUUACAUAACUGCAUGAGUGUACCCUACAGGUGCUCCUAAUAAAGUGGACAAUGAGUGAACAUCUUAACAAUAAAUAACCGCUUGUUCUUUACAGGUCUUCUAAACAACACCAGGUAGUAUGUACAUAUUUUACACCAUUUUCACCAUGAAUUUCACCUUCUGCUUCUUUUCUUUGUAUGUAAAAAGAAAUAAAGCUUUCACAACAAGCA